UUAAUUCGUGUUUUUCAAUUUAAAGAGAGAAUAAUAUAAUAAUGACUUCAAUCGUAAUUCGGACGUAACCGAAAAAAGCUUUAAAACCCAAAGCAAUACACGAAUUCCAAAACACUUCACACUCUCUUCAAUGGCGGAAAUUUUCUUCAGAAUCCUUUCUUGUUUAUUUUUCUCGUAAUCCUCUCUUCUUUUAAAGCGUCUGUAGCUGAGUCGACAAUGAGUCAACUCGGUGUUGAAACUAGUCAAGCCCAGCCGGAGACGCCACAGUCAACGACAUUUCUCGAUUUGCUCCGACUCCAAAUGGACGGUCUCGAUCGAAGUAGGAGAAGGAAACGAACUCUUAAAGAACGGCUAGGAUUCAAACGAAUUGGAUGCUGUGGACCAACUUGGGGUCUCCGGUUAACAAGUAACACUGGCGAAGACGACGACGAGCCAUUUGAAAACCGGCUUGUUUCCGGGUCGGAUCAUGUAACGGGUCCGUUAAAUCAAGGUAUGAAUCUCGCAACGGCGUUAGCAGCGGAGAGAAAUUACCGAACGGAGGAAACGGAAGCAUCAGGGAGUUUAACGCCGUUAAAAGUGUCGUUAAUGAGAUUGCUCGAAGAAACGGCGGAGAGAGUCGUCGUUGAAGAGAAUGAAACGGAGAGAGUAACGGCGUCGGCGUCGUCGACGGUUAGAGGAGUUAAUAAUGAUUCGGUGUGUUGCGUGUGCAUGGGAAGGAAGAAAGGAGCAGCGUUUAUCCCAUGUGGACAUACUUUUUGCAGAGUGUGUUCUCGAGAGGUGUGGCUUAAUCGAGGAUCGUGUCCUCUUUGUAACCGUCCGAUCAUCGAGAUCCUCGACAUUUAUUGAUUACUGAAUCCUACGGCUCAAAUUAGUCCGGUUGCACGUGAGUUCAGUGAGGUGGUGUGUGCCUAGAGAUUCACGAGUGUUACGUACGAAAUUUAAUCACGGUGUCUAUGUUUUCUCUUAUUGGAAUUUGGAGUAUCAUUCAUUAUCAGAGAUCAAAAGUAAUUCAAGAUUUUUUUUCAUAUAUAGUGAAAGAGUAAUGAUGAUGCU